AUGUCACUGAAAUCCCUAGGAGUGACCCCUCGUGUGCUUGCAGGGUCCUCCGCCGGCGCCGAGAUGGCGAUGCCCAGCAUGGUGUGGGACUACAUCGCGUUCGUGGUGUUCCUGGUGCUGUCGACGGCGCUGCCGCUCUGGAACAAGUGCGGGGACGGCAAGGACAAGACGAAGGCGGCCUACGUCUUCGCCACGGGCUCGCGCGUCUCCACCUUCGCCAUGAUGCUGUCCAUCGCGCGGGGCACCCUGGGCGUGCGCUCCGUGCUCGGUUACCCUUCAGAACUCUACUACCGAGGAACAGCGAUGUGGGAGACGCUCUACGGAAUGGUGUGCGCCUACCCCAUCGUCUGCUUCGUCUUCUUGCCCGUGUACUAUAGCCUUGGAAUAACCUCUGUCUACCAGUACCUGGACUUGCGCUUCAAGUCGCGCCUGGUGCGCUGCCUGGCGUCCGCCACGUACGUUGUGCGCUCGCUGCUGAACGUGGCGGUGACGGUGUUCACGCCGUGCGUCGCGCUCAAGACCGUCAUCGGCCUGCCCUACUGGGCCUCCAUCGUCGGCAUCACCUCCAUCAGCGUCUUCUUCACGCUGCUCGGCGGACUGAAGGCCGCCAUCCACGCGGACGUGAUCCAGGGCCUGGUGAUGAUCGCGUGCUCGCUCGCCAUCAUCGUGCAGGGCUGCGUGAGCGCGGGCGGCAUCGAAAACGUCAUCAACACGGCGUCCGAGAACGGCCGCCUGCAGUUCUUCAACGCUCUGUCUGUGCGCAGCUUCGACAUGGACCCCACCGUGCGAGUGAGCACCGUGUCCGCGCUCUUCGGCCAGCUCUUCAUGUCGCUCUCCAUCUUCGGCUGCCAGCAGAGCUUCGUCCAACGCUACGUCAGCAUGGAGUCCCAGAAGGCCGUCGUCAAAACUCUCAUUGGUAACAUCCCAAUUAUUGUGGUGCUCUUCAGCUUAUCAUGGGUUGCUGGGAUGGGCAUUUACGCAAGCUAUGUUAAUUGCGACCCGCUGCUGUUUGGGUACAUUUCUGUGAUUGAUGAAAUAGUGCCUUUUUUCGUUGAAGACAAAUUUGUUCAUAUGCCAGGACUACUGGGUAUUUUCAUGGCUGUACUUUUCAAUGGUGCUCUUAGCCUCACAGUCUCAAUCAUCAACUCUCUUUCAACUGUCACAUGGGAAGAUUUCUUCCUCCAGCUUCCUCAUUUCCAAACAUUCAAUGAUCGGAAACAACUAAUUGUUAUUAAAUGCAUUGGUGCUUUUUAUGGUGUGCUGAUUGUGGGAAUAGCUUUUGGUGUAGCUUUGUUUUCUGGAGUUAUUGAAUCAUCAAUGUUAAUGACAUCAGCUACAAGUGGGCCUUUGCUCGGUGUUUUUCUCUUAGCAAUGCUUAUCCCUUGCUGCAAUUGGAAGGGUGCAGCUUGGGGAAUGAUUGUAAGCCAUAUCUUAACACUGUGGAUUACUUUUGGAAAAUUAACUAUGAAACGGGAGCCAAUUUCCCUUCUACCUCUAAAUGAUGAAGGAUGUACGAAUGCUACAUUUGGUCAUCUGGGGCCUCCUGAGACUGCUUUUUUUGUGGAUUCAGAUGAUCUGUAUAUCACUAAUAACACAGAUGUUGAAGAUGUUAUAUCAAUAAGCAAAGAGCCUGAGGACUUCCUUACCGAAUUGUAUUCAAUUACUUACAUGUACUACUCUCUCUUUGGGUGCUUCAUGACAGUUUUCUUGGGAAUAGUAAUCAGCAUGAUUACAGGAACGAGUGAAGAAGAUGCUUAUGAUGAGAAAUUGAUUCACCCACUGGCACUGAAAAUAAGCAGAUAUUUUCCUGGUCCUCCAAGAAAGUAUGUGGCAGACAAAAUCACCAGUCCAGAUAAAGCUGUGAAUCAUGUAAACCACAUAAAUCAUAUCAACCACAUCACUCCAGAACGAUACACCCCCAAAGAAAUUCCUCUCCCUGAUAAGAAACCACCUGUGUGAUACAAUGUUCAUGAUUUGGCAACAGCUGUGUUGUUAGGUUAAUGUGCCUUGAAACAUUGGUGAAAAUUUUCUUUGUGUACUUAGCCACAACUUGCCAAGUUCCUUGUGGAAGUGAAUAUUGACAAGUGUAUGAAGGCAAGUGCAAGUGCAUAAGACGAUUAAGAAGUGAAAUCACUUGGACAAGAAGAUUCCUACUUCCUGAAGACUUCAUGGAAUUGUGCGAAUACAGUGUACACAACUGAAUGUUGAAGGAAUUGGAUAUUUUUUAGGCUGUUGUGUUAAAGACUUUUGAUAGACUGUUGGAGAGAUGAUUUCUCUGAUGUUCCUCGUACAAUUCCAUUACAUUAUGUGUUUCUCAAAUUUUAGUUUCUGAUGCCUAGUCUUACAAAUAGAUUAGCACAUUAAUUGUGAAGGGCUAUGAUUAGUUUUGCAAAAACAUUAUGCUUGCUGUACUGUGAUGCAGCAAUUAAGCAAGAUGGAAGCUUUUUGUUUCAGUUAAUGUGCUAUGCAAGUGCCUUAUUAUAUCUUAGGACAUAGGUAUUGCAAGAAAACUAAUAGAAAUGAAUGUUCCUGAAUUAACGAUGUAGAGAAACAGUUUUAUUUCACUUUAAUAAAAAAAUAGUUUGAUAAUAAUGGAAUAUGGAAAAAGGUUUUCAGUUACUAUGGAAGCUCGUAUUUUUGAAUCGAAGACACAAUGCGAAAUUAAAUUUUGUAUUGUUUGUGUGAAAGUACAAUGUCAUGUCAUUGUAUGAGCAUUGGCAUGUCUGAAACAUUUUCUUCUGGGAAUUGAUGAUAUUGUAUACUUCUAAUGAAUGAAGAAUGAAAUCAGGGAAAUGAAAACCGAAAAUAACUCGGCUAUUACCACAAGUUUUGUUUAUGUCAUUUUAGAUACUAUUUAAUGUUUUUACAAUAGUUGUAAUAUUUAUGUACAAAUGUAGCUGCAUAGAUCACAUAGUUAAAUAAUUUGUUGUUUCACAUUGUUAUGAAAUUCUGAAUGAUCAAGUUUGCUUCAGUAUUUUAAGGUACUACACAAUGAAACUAAUAAUAUUUCCUUGAAAAAUGAACUAUUAGCCAUCACAACAAUAGACCUAUUUAUGUUUUACUCUGUGAUGUCUUGGUAUACAUGUUGAUUGAUUGUGAAGAUUUACUGUUGAAUAUACAUCUGAUUAAUAACUUAUAUAUUCAUAUCACAUAGUUCUACACAGUAUGAAAGAUAAUAUUUUUUGAGAUUGUUAUUUGUAGUUGAUCAGUAAGUAAUGUAGCACUUUAAUGUUAAAACAAUUUUCCAAACCAUGCAAAAAAAUGCUCAUUCUGAUAUUUUUAUGUAAUUCUAUUGAGAUGAUAUUGAUCUUCAAUUUUGUGACGGCAUAAUAUCUAUUUAAAAUAAAAGUAUUAAUUUUUUACUUCAUCAAUUUCUCAAUCA